AUGCGCCUCGAGGCUUUGUCAGAUGGUGAUGCACACGCGCGCGGCAACCUCGUCACCGGAUCGAUGUUGUGUGAGCGAAGUACUUCGUAUCGAGUGAGAGACGACACGACGGGCCCGUCCACGACUUCUCGAAUUCACGCUCCCUUGACGGCAGUUAGGAUGUUGGUUGUGACGAGAUGGGAGACUACUCCAUGUUUAUUGCACAUAUUGUCUACGAAUCCAACAAAGGAGAUCAAAAAAUCACGGCCUGCGAAUCGACCAAGAACCCUAGCGCCGUCCCAAUCCCCGGUCAACACCUCAACUCCAAAACUCCUGUCCCUACUCCGCCCAAGAUUAGACACUGUCCUUAUCUGA